UCCCCGCGUGUCUCCCCCCGUGUCUCUCCCCGCGUGCCUCCCAGUGCGUGCGUGCAUAGUUGAGGAGCGAGCUUCUUGGCUCCUGGCCCGGGUCAACUUCCUGGCAGCGAAGGGGCGGCCUCUGGGGGCCGCGCGAUUGGCCGCUUGCUGCGCCCACGUGCUGCCCGACGACCAACGACCCGCGUUCCGAUUGGCCCACGUGACGCUCGCCUGCAGCCAAUGGGGCACGGGCAGGGACGAGGAGGUGCUGAGAGAGCUGGUGGAGGUGGAGGUGCUGGCGGCGGUGGAGGCGGUGUGCCACCUGCAGGAGGACGGUCGCCAUGGAGACGCUCACAGGGUGGCCAGCGUCUUCCUGCAGCGCCAGCUACGGAGCGGAGACAUGGAGCACACCAGGGACCUUGUGCUGUGUUGGUGCUCGCUCCACCCGCUCCCCUCCGAGCUGCCGCGGGACUGCCUGGCCUUGGCCCAGGGAUGCUCCAACCCAUCGCUCCUCCUGCACCUCCUCUGGGCCAUUCAAAGCCAGGUGGGCGAGACGGGCCUGGUGGAGUGCUUGGAGCUCAUCCUCCUGGGCCUUCGCGCCUGCGCUUUGAUGGGCACCACGACCACGACCUCGACGACCUCGACGACGAGCUCCUCCGCAACCUCGUCAACCGAUGCCGCCGCCGCCACGGCCACCACCAUCGCUCUGUGCCGCGCCCUGGCUUACCUGGCACCGCCGGACGACCGUGAGUUGGUGCGUGCCAGCCACCUCACCGCCUUCCUGUGCGCCCCCUCGGCCGACGCCCUGCCAGCCCUCGAGUGCCUCUUCUCAUCCUCAUCAUCAUCGGCGGCUCCUUCGCCGCCGCCGCCGUCGUCAACGUCAACGGCGCCAUCGUCAACCGCGCCACCGCCGUCGUCAACGGUGACAUCGUCAACGCCACCGCCACAGUCAACAGCGCCACCGUCAACGGCGCCACCGUCAACAGCGCCACCGUCAACAGCGCCACCGUCAACAGCGCCACCGUCAACGGCACCACCGCCGUCGUCAACGCCACCGCCAUCGUCACUGUCAACAGCGCCAUCGUCAACGGCGCCAUCGUCAACGCCGCCGCCUACGCCACCGCCAUCGUCCACUUCCUCCUCCUGCUGCCACCACCGAGGCCUGCUCCAGGCCUCGCGACCAGCCCCGCCCCCUCGCCCCGCCUCGGCCAAUCGGGCGGCGGCGUGCGAUCCUCGGACGCCGCCCCCUGCCCCGCCGGCCACGCCCCCUUCCCAGCUGGCCAAGCCCCCCGUGGAGCCGGCCGUGCCCCCUACCCCUCCGGCCACGCCCCCUACCCCUCUGGCCACGCCCCCUCGACCGGCCCCGUCCGCCAAGCUGGAGGCACUCUGCCCGCCAUUGUCAGUGGGCUCCGAUUCACUCGUCAUGACGCUGGUAAUCGCGACGACCACGCCGGUAACCACGACGACCCCGGCGACCGCGACCCCGGCGACCCCGGCGGCGAUCGCCACCCCGGUGGCGACCGCGCCAGUGACGCCGACCGCGCGGCCACCAUUCCUUGGAGCGGCCCAGCCUCGGCAGCUCUCGUCGCAAGCCCCGCCCACCCCUGCCAAAGCCACGCCCACCCCUGCACAGGACACACCCACCGCCUCUCAGGCCCCGCCCACCGGCCCUCAGGCCUCCCGGGCCACUCCCCCCACCCAAGCCCCGCCCCUCCCUACCGAAGCCCCUCCCCCCGCCGCUUCAUCGGCCGUCCCCUCCUCCCCGGCGGUGCCGGCCCCGGUGGCCCCGGUGGCCCCGGUGAUGCCGGUGUCGAUCCCCAACUCCCUGCGCACGGAGCUGCUGCUGCGCCUCAAGUCUCGCUGGCCCUUCCAGAUGGACCCCGAGUUCUGGAGUCCGGCGCUGCUGCGCCGGAACUGCUCGAGGCUCCUCGGCGUCGCCGCCGCCGAUGACGGCGGCGGCGACGCCGAAACGGAGCACCCGCCACCGCCACCACCACCACCACCAGCAGCAGCAGCAGCGCGAACGUGCGGAGAAGACCGCCUCCCCGUCGUUCCUCUGCGGCGUCCGCCUCCUGGCGGCCGGCACCGCUGCCGCCGCCGACGACGACCACAUCUCGUGGCGGCAGCUCGUGGGGGGGCGCCUCAACAAUGGCGGCCGCGCCGGCAGGAGGGGACCGGUCGCUUCGGCGCGCCGACUCAACGGCGCUCCCGCCGAGCCGCCGUUGCCGCCGCCGCCCCCGGCGGGCCCGCCGGGGCCCGCCGGGGGCGGCAACGGCGGCGCUGCCGGCGCCGACGGCGGGCAACCCAAGAAGAGGAAAAGGGGGCGGCCGCGGUUGGACGAGCGCGGCGGCGGCGGCGGCGGCUGCGCGGCGCCGGCUUUGGCGAAGGCCGGGUGCCCGGCGUGCGGCCGCGGCUUCGACCGCCGCUGCCCGGCGUGCGGGCCCAAGCGGCCGCUGCGGAGGGCGGUGGACGGCGGCAACGGUGGCAACGGCGGCGUGCGCGGUGUCGUCGCCGCAGCGGUGCCGGCGGCGGUGCCGGCGGCGGUGGUGGCGGCAGCGGUGCUGGGAGGCGGUGGCAAGCCGGCCACCGCCUUGGAGUCGAGGGGCCUGGAGAGGAAGGUGACGAAGGAGGAGAAUGAAGAGGGGAAGCAGGAGGGGAAGCAGGAGGCGUCGGUUCGCGUUGGCGCCACGCUUGAGAUCUCUCCCGGCGGCGUCGGUCGGCAGCCGAAAUCUGGAGGAGGUGGCAGAGAAGCAUCUGAAGAGGAGGACGAUGAC